CCGCCGGAUAUUUUAAAGCGAAUCCCCCCCUCCUCCGUUACUCCCGAGUCGUCGCCGCCUCGCAAAAUUUCCGACGCCUCCUCUCCUCUCCUCCUCCGCCGCGCCAUUCUUCGCCGCCGCCGCCCGGCUCCGGCGGCGCCAUGGGCUCCACCAGAACUCCUUCUAUAGCCAUUCCUGUGGAUUCAGAUGCCUCUCCUAGGAAAAAUACGCCAGAGACUGUAACAAGUCCUCUUGUGAAUGGUGAAAAGAGUAUUUUCCGGGAUCAGGUUAGAGGAUACAGUGCACUUGGGAGUCCUUUGAGGAGAGAAGUUGGGAACAGAUCUAUAACAAGAUCCUUCUGUAUUGACAACACUGACUUGGAAGAUGGUAAGGCUGAAAAAGACAGAGAUAGGCCUUCACAUUUCCUCAGUCUCCCAAAGAUACAGAAUCAGGCUCUUCUAUCUGGUCUUGCCUAUUGCAUAUCAUCCUGCAGCAUGAUUUUAGUUAAUAAGUAUAUCUUAUCUGGCUAUGGUUUCAGUGCUGGAAUAUUUCUGAUGCUUUAUCAGAACAUUGUAUCUGUGACUAUAGUGUCCACUCUAUCGCUCUCUGGUGUUAUCCCAACUGAACCACUAACUUGGAAGCUAAUCAAAGUUUGGUUGCCUGUGAAUAUCAUAUUUGUCGGAAUGCUAAUUACAAGCAUGUUUAGUUUGAAGUACAUCAAUGUUGCAAUGCUGACUAUAUUGAAGAAUGUUGCCAAUGUAUUGACUGCUUCUGGGGAGACAUACUUCUUUAAAAAGCAGCAUGACAGACAAGUUUGGAUUUCUCUCACGUUGAUGAUAAUUUCAGCAAUUGCAGGAGGAAUAACAGAUUUGUCUUUUAAUGCAAUUGGUUAUACUUGGCAGAUCUUGAACUGCUUUCUAACGGCAUCAUAUUCGCUUACAUUACGGCAUGUAAUGGACAGUGCCAAGCAAGCCACCAAAUCUGGGAAUUUGAAUGAGUUAUCAAUGGUUUUACUGAAUAAUAUUCUUUCAGUACCACUUGGGAUUAUCCUCGUGCUUGGUUUCAAUGAAGUGGAGUACCUUUUUGAAACGCCUCUCUUAAGGAUGCCCAUGUUUUGGAUAGUCAUUACUGCUAGUGGAGUUUUGGGGCUUGCUAUCAGCUUUACUUCUAUGUGGUUUCUUCACCAGUCAAGUGCAACAACAUAUAGUCUUGUGGGCUCCCUUAAUAAGAUCCCUCUCUCUAUUGCUGGAAUCCUUCUCUUCAAAGUGCGGACGAGCAUGGAGAAUUCUUUCAGCAUUUUGUUUGGUUUAUUGGCAGGAGUAUUCUUCGCCAGAGCCAAAUUGCUUAAUAACUCUCAGUCCUAGUCGUAGGCCAAGCUUUAUAGGUUAUACAAGGCAGAAUUAUUCUAGUCAGUCAGAUUCAGAACAGGAUGCUCGCUCGGAUUAUGUUCCUGGGAAAUUUGUGCAGAUGUAAAGAUCCUUCUCCAGCUAACAAGAAGAGAGAUUGGCAACACAUUUGUUACUAUGGGGCCAUGGGGCUGCUUCAGUUCUUUUUCCUCGAAAUCAGUAUGGACCCCCUGUUGUCGCUCUCGUGGUUGUGGUAUACGUCCUCACUUUCACUUACGAUCGAAAGGCCGAUAAUACUCAAAUGCAGGCAGUUUGGGGGAAAAAAAACAAUUGACGGGUCGCCGCAUUUGUAAUGUUGUGAAAUUGCAGCGGUUGGAUCGAAAUGGGAUUGGUGUUUUUGUGCGUUGCACGGCUGCUUGGCCUGCUGCUGUGUUGAGUAUACUGUAUAUACUUGUGCAGUUUAAUUUUGUGUUGCCCUUCCCUAUAUGUUCUUCUACACCGUGUAGGGCUGAAGGAAAAUGCCCAAGCUCCUCAUGUGCAGAACUCAAACUCAUGGGAUACAGUGAUACUAGUGCAGAAUUUGAACUGACCUGACUUGUCCCAAA